UUUUAAUAAGUUUCGAAUCGAUACGCCGAACAUUGUAAUAUAAAAUUUAAUGAGGCAAAAGCCGAUAAUAGCCUCAGGUGACUUCAAGCUUUGUUGACAUUUGUUAGCUAGGCCAGCGUUUCUCGUUGGCUGCCGCAGUCUGACAUGGGCCGGCUUUGUUUACACCUGGUCAGAGCCUUUGUUUCAAACAACGCAGUUAAUUAGCGGGUCUGUCUACCACCUGUCCAAACGGCUAUUAUGUACAUAUUACGUAAUGUGUAUCUUUUGCGGAAUUAAUUAUCUUUACAUGUCCACCGCGAAAUCCAAUGAUCUGGCGAUGGUGUGAAAACAAGUUAAUUAGAGAAAUGGUACCGGUAUUGUCAGAUAUUGUUUGGAAAUAAACAUGCUGUAUAUGCCUGAAGUACUCAUGCUCUUGUUGGAAGAUAUGCAACAGUCUAAAGAUCAUAUCCAGUUUUAUGGCAUAUAUGGAUGAACAGGCUGUCAUUGGGAAAAUUGUGAAUUCACCAAUCUCAAAUUAUCAAGCUACUAUACUCAUCAGCCAACCUUUGGUCUGCUUAGAUGACAAAAGACAGUGAACCAAGUGAGAAAUUAGAAUGAGUGCUGCCAAAAUGGUGGCGGAUUCAACACAGUCUGAUGAGUUUGCCACCAAAAGUCAACAUAGAAACAGUGGAGAAAAAAAGGCUAAGAAGGCAAAAAGAAGUGGCAAGAAGGCAAAGAAAAAGAAAAACACAGAGGAGGAAGAUGCACUGUUAAAUGACCCUGAUCUUGACCUUAACAAAGAGGUGAAAGACAUUGGUGACUACAUCCGAGACCGCCAAGAAAUGCUCAACCAGAUGUUCAAUGCUGUGCAGGGGGCAAGUCUACAAAGAGCUCUACCAGAUGUUUUGAAGGAGCUGCCACUGGAUGUCCUCAAACAGAGAUGUCUGGAGCACAUGGAAGUGAUGUCCAGGAAACGCAUCAGACGGAUUCUGCAUGGUGACGAUCCUGCAGCUAUAUCUUCUUCAGGCACAGAUGAUGAAACCUCGAAUGAAGGGGCUGCAGAUAGUGUGGAAGAGGCAGCAGGACAGCAGGCGGCCGACUCCACCUCUCAGACUGGGGAGGAGCAGGAGGGGGAGGACAGUAGGGACAAGACUGUGGGAAUGAAAGGUCUCUUAGUGGAUGAGGAGCAGAUGGAUAUUGAAGAAGAAUCAGAAGGUGAAUGGAGAACACCUCCAAGAGAUGAAGGAAGUGAUCUGGAGGUGGAUAUGGAGGAACAGGAAGACGGUGAAGAGGAAAAGGUGGAGGAAGAAGAUGAUAUCGGGGAGGUAGAAGGAUCUGCAGAUGUAGAAGGUGAAGGUAACAGUGAAGAUCAGGAAGAAGAUGGUGAGGAAGUGGAGGAAGAGGUUGAACUAGCAUCAAAUAAGAGCAAGGCUAUCAGCCAGAGCAGCAGGGAUCCUGAAGAUGGGAAGAAGAUGGCAGAGGUGGCCGAGUCUCUGAAGCAUAAGAUGGUGGCAGCAGAGGCUGGUGACACCAUCACACCUGUGCUGACCAAGAACCAGAUGGAGCUGCUGGAACUGGAGAUGAGAGCACGGGCUAUCAAGGCCAUGCUAAAGAAACACCAGAGCAAGAGUACACAGUGAUAGUGUCUCUGUAUUAACAACUUGCAGAAAGAGUGAAACAUGCACUUGUGUUUUACAACUCUGGACCAUGCAUGCAUGCGGAGAGUUCUGUCUCAGAAAACUGUCAUGACCCUCACGAACAAAGUAUCACUGCCGUUUCAUCAUAUUGGAAGUGUGAGGAUGGAAGAUGAAGCGUGUCUGGUGCACUCAUCACUCUUUGUCAUAUUUUGUGAAUAAAAUGAUGGUAUGCCAAAAUGUCAUGUUCCUUUUAAACAUUGUUAUGUGAAGACUGUCUGGGUUGUGGAAUUAAUUAGACUGGGAUGUGAUCAAGAUAUUUGUUUCUGCUGAAGUCAAUUUCAGGUAGCAAAUAAUAUGUCUUGCAAAUAUUCACUGUGAUAUUUACAGUAUGAAUUGACUAGACUUUUGGAAUUCAAUUAGGUGUAUUGAUGUAUAAACCAUAUAUAUACCUUGUUUCCUAAUUUUUUUAAACAAUUGAAAAGAUAUAAUUUUCUUUAUUGUUUUCUAGUAUUUUUAAUUGUUUACUGAGGGUUUCACGAGAAUAAGAUGGCAAGGAAAGUUCCCACAAGCAGGACUGAAAAAUAGAUGUUCACUGCAUUGUAUUCUAGUUGUAGAUAAUUGUUUGACAUCACAGUUGAAAGGGGAUGUCAUUGAGAUGGCAUGUUUAAACUUUGCACUAUCACAAAUUCCUCCUUGCCCAAGAGUUUUGCCAGUAAACUGAUACUUUAGAUAUGCGUACAAAAAUAUCCAUUUAUGUAAAGAUAGUCAAACAUAUAAUCACCAGUUUAAGAUUUGAACAAUUACGGUAUACCUCACGCUCGUGCAGAUGUCAAUUCACCAGUCAGUGAUCUGAUGCAAUUCAAAACAAUAUCACAGUGGGAGCCAGUGUUUGAGAAGAAAGCCAAUUGUCUUUGAAUGUAUCAUGUGAAGGUUAACAGAUCGCUGCUGACUCAAAAGGCAAAAGGUAUUUGCUCCAGUUUUAAUGUCACUUGUUUAACUUAUUGUGCCGCAUUCUAACCAGAUGCAUAUGAUAAAAUUCAGUGAUUUGUUAGAACAGGUAUUAUGUGUAUACAGGUCCUUGUUUUGUAACAAGUCCAUUCAGAGAUUAACUGGGAGUCCAAACUAAGUUCCCUUGGCAGACAAAUUUGUGAAAAAAGGUAAUUUUGUUCAAAAUUUUGUGUUUUCUAAUAAGUCCUUAUUUUCCUAAAAAGUAAAGGGUAUUUUAACAUUUAAUUCAAUGUAAAACUAAACGUUGCAGUUUUUAUUGGUCCUGUUGUUAGUGAAAUGCAACUCACCUCUGCGAAGAUUAACAUUAGUUAUUACCAUAAUAACAAGUCUUGGAAAACUUUUUAAAUCCAAUUUGUUAGACCGCCUUCCUGGUCUAGUGGUAGAGCUUCUGCCUGGAGAAAGGAAGGUCAUGGGUUCGAUCCCCAGCCACAUCAUACCAAAAGGUAUCUCAGUGGGUUAGCACUAUAGAAUCGGCAGUUGCCGUGACUAGUACA